UUGCAAAAGUUUGCAGUUGUCGGGUAUUCUCCGCGAGAAGAUCAUCCUCCGCGUUGGGGAGGAAAUUGGAAGGGAAGAGCCCCAACAAAAAAGUCGGGGAGCGGACCGACCGAGGGGUCCCCACGGGGAGGAAUUCAUCAGAGUGCAGUGGGGGCAACUCAACUAAAAAGUCGGGGCGUAAAAUUGUCGGAACCUGUUCCUCAACGGGGUCCUCUUCAACGAUUCUAUUUCAAUGCAUCUAUCGGUAAAUGUUUAGCAUUUAUUUACAAUGGAUGUGGUGGUAAUGAUAAUCGUUUCGACACCUUGCAGCAGUGUCAGCAGUUGUGUUCCAAAGGUCAAUAUUUCUACUACAAUGCAGAGUGGCAAUCAUGCAUGACAUUUAUUUACACGGGAUGUGGUGGUAACGCAAACAAAUUCUUAACAAGAGAGCAGUGCGAAGCUCAUUGCCAAUAUGCUGAUGGUAGUGCGUGUCUUGGUCCAGUUCCAUCGAUAAUACCAGAAGAUAACGACGGUGAUUGUACAAACACAACUUGUCCUGAAGGGUAUCAGUGUGCUUAUGGCUUCGGAUUUAUUGAGUGUUGCAAUUCGACUAUUAAAAAUGCUGUUAGUGAAGCGUAUGCAUCCAAAUGUCCAGACGGUUCACAAGCCGGUGGUGUGAGUAAGGAUUAUUUCAUGGCUACCUUUGCGGCGUCUUGUGAUGAUCUUAUGUGUAAUUCGGAUCAGCGUUGUGUUCAGGUGUCACAGUUCUUCGCCAAGUGCUGUUCCGAUAACACGACUAUAUUAUCACCGUCCGAAACGAUGGUCGAGAGCGGACGUCGAAUGCAUACUCUUCCAUGCAAACAAUACUCUUCUCCUACUACUCCUUAA